AUGUCAUAAUUGUUAGAUUCAGUCUUAAGACAAUAAAAAUAAAGGAAGUAAGUAACUUUAAUAUUAAGAGUCAAACUGUAAAAGGGAUUUUAAAAUUUCGUUAAGGCUUUACAAUGCCACACUGUGAUAAUAAUAGUGAAGACGCUUCUUUUGAACCAAAUGUUUCUUCCAAUAGAAAAAUUGAAUUAUAAUAGCCAGAAAAAUAAUCAUUUAAAGGUGACUGUUUAAGUCCUGAUCCUGAUUAAGAUGAAGAAAGUUAAAGUAUGCUACAAGUAGCUACAAAAUAAAAAGUUAAUUUAUGGGUUCAUGGUGGAUUAAGAAUAAUGUUUUACAUAACUAAAUUUAGUAAGUAAAUGAAAACUUAUUCAACAGAAGUAAAGUUCAAAUCUUUGACCAACAAUAUUCUCAAUUUAAUUUCAGACUCUGCUAGUGAUGCUGAUAUUUUAUUACAUAAAUUAAACAAAGUUGAAUAAGUAAUGUAAUCUUUUAAAUGGUUUAUAAAUUAAAUACCAGUGCUAGAUCCUGAUUCUGUAAUAAAAGUGCUCUGGGAUAUUUUUGUUUUAACUCAAAUAAUCAUUAAUAUUUUCUAUAUUCCCAUGAAAUUAGGGUUUGACUUUGAGAGGGAAGAUUUAUUGACUGGAAUAUUUUUGGAAACAUUACCUUCUUGGACAUUUGUAAUGGAUAUAAUUUUGACAUUCUUUACAGCAUAUUAUAGUUAAGGAUAGAUUCAUAGGGAUAAGUAAUAAAUACUUAAACAUUAUGCGAAAUCAACAUUAUUAUGGGAUUUGAUGAUUGUAAUACCAUUUAUUUUAUCAUCAUAUUCAGUACCUUACACAGAAUAUAUAUUAUUGUUAAGAGUAACAAAAGUUAAAUCUAUGAUUGAAGCUAUAGAGGAAGUUACAAAUCCAUCAAAUAAUAUAUAAACAAUUUUAGAAUUAUUCAAAUCUAUUUUCUUAGUUUUAUUUGUAUCGCAUUUUUGUGCUUGUUUAUGGAAUUUGAUUGGUGAAAAUGAAUUAAAUUAAGGAUAAAAUUCUUGGUUAAUUGCCAAAAACAUUACUGAAGCAGAAUGGUCUACUAAAUAUAUUCAUGCUUUUUAUUUUAGUACAAUAACAACUUUGACAAUUGGAUAUGGUGAUAUUGUACCUUAAACAGAUGUUGAAAGAAUUUAUGUAAUAAUAAUGGCAAUGGUUAUUUGUGGAUUAUUUGGAUAUACUAUAUCUAGUAUAGGUAAUAUAUUAAAAUAACUUACUGAAAAAGAAUAACAAUUUAAAUAAUAAAUGAUGCAUAUCAAUAAUUUUUUAAAAAAGAAGAAAAUUAAUAAAUAGUUAAUGUUAUAAGUUAGAAAGUAUUUUGAAUAUUUUUUGAAAAUGGAAUAAGAAUAUAAUGAAUUUGGUGAAAAAAUGAUGAAUAAUUUAGAUAAGAAAUUAAAAGAAUAAGUGGCAAUAGAUAUGUAUUGUGAAAUGUUAAAAAAAUCAAGACUUAUCAAAUAAACUUUAUCUUUAAAAAGUGUAUAAAAAUUAUGUUCUUUUGUACAUGAAAUAAAAGUACCACCUGAAGAGAUUAUUGCUUAUUAAAAUGAAUAAGCUAAUAAAUUAAUAUUCCUUUAAAGUGGAGAGUUAAGUUUGAUUUGUAUUUUUAAAUUAUUAAUUUAAUAGGUGAUUAAAAAUUAAGAGAAACAACUUUGACAAAAAUAAAUAAAGGAAAAUUUGUAGGAGAAAAGGAGUUUAUUACAUAAGCAAGAUAUGAAUAUACAAUUAGAUCAGUUAAAUUUUGUCAAAUUGCAUUUGUAAAGUAAUAAAUUAUAAUAAUAUAUUUUAGUUAUGAUGAUUUUUUAAGAAUAAUUAGAGAAGAUUCAUUAGAGGAAGAAAAUUAUUGUAUGUUAAGAGAUUAGAUGUUAUUUACAGAAGAAAAAUAAAACUAUGGUGAAGUUUGUUAUAUAUGUAAAUGGACACAUUAAUUUAAAAAGUAUAUAGAUAUAAAUUAAAUUUAGAUGCCCUUUAGUUUUUGUUCAUUUUAAUUAAGAUAGAAUAAGAAAAAAGUUUAUGAUUACAGAGGAUAUGAAUAGAUCAUAAUAUAAAAGGAUUUAAAAUAAUAAAUAUUUUGAAAAAAAUAUAAUAAGAGAACAUGCAUUAGCUUUGAUUGUGAAUGAUAAUAUGAUUGCAAUAGAUGAUUUAACUGAUCAAUAUUUAGAUAUGUUAGGAUUUAAUAUGGAUGAUAAUGAAAGUGAAAGACUAUUAAAAUCUAUAAAGAGUUUAAAAUCUAGUAAAUCUGUUAUUAGAGGUUUAACAGGUUUGGAAUAAUUUAAUAGUGACUCUUCAGAUAGUGCUAAUGAUUCUGAAGUAUAAUUAAAUACAUCUAAAACUCCAAAAUCAUCUAGAUUUAAUCAUUUACUUAGUAUGGAAUAAAAGAAAGUUAAAUUUUAAGAUAUAAAUGAACCUGAACCUAAAAUCUUAAGAGCAUAAAAUUCAUUUAAAAGAAAAGCAGAUAAUAGACAUAGAACUUUUUAGAGAUUAACCAAGAUAUCAAAUAAUAGAUUCACUAAUGUUUCUAUAAUUUCUUAAGAAUAACAUUUUCAAAAUCAAUCUGUUUCUGUUUAAAAUUCUAGUGUUCACAAAAUACGAAAGAAUAAUUCUAAUUCAUAUUCAAAUAUGGAUUUAGAAUUAUAAUCUAAAACUUAAUCAAAAUUGGAAAUCACUGGUUGUAAUGUGAUUAAUUAAUUAGAUGAGGUAUUCUCUCAUAAAUAAGGUGAUAACCAAUAUCAAAGAGUUGAUUUUGAAUUAGAUAGAUAUUUUAUAACUACUUAUUACUUUACUAAUUCCAAUCUAGAUAAGAUUCUAUAAAAAUUAAAAAGACCAAAAAAAUCUAUAAGAUCAAAUCAUAUAUAAAGUAUUAUUAGAAAGUCUAAAAUUAAACCAAGUCUAUAUAGUCCUGUAUCAGAAUGA